UUCAGCCCCGAAGAGGAAACCGACAUCAAAAUCUGACUGUCCGUUUAAGCAACCAAAGGUCUCUCUUUAACCUGUGGUUGGUUUGAUGGCUGAGGGGACCAAGACCGUCACCCCAGCUAAGCACGGGACGGGAAAAGGAUUAAUGACGGCACCAGAUUCUAAGCAAGAGAGACCUCCUUCCCUCCUCCGCGACGACUCCAAGUAUGCGUUGGAGAAGCUGUCGUCUAUUAUCACGGCGGAAGACUAUGAGGAUCUUGGAAACCACUCGACGGAGGCCAUGGGGGAGACGGGCCUCUUUGCUGUUGCUCAGUCCUUGGUCAUGAUGAAGGGAUUACUGGACCGGUGUCUCAAUCGUGAGAGUACUUUGGACCGGGUGCGUGCAAAGGCGGAGCAGACGGAGGAAGAGCUUGGUCAACUCCAUAAAUGGAGGUCCACUAUGGAGAAGAAGCUGGAGCUCUCUGAGAAGGCAAGGAAAGAGCUGGAGGAGAAGACGGUCGAGGCGCUGACGGCUAUAGAGAAGAAGGAGGCGGAGAUCAAAGAACUGAAGGAAGAGAUCCGUCAUGUGAAAGAGGUAGCCGUCAAGGAGUACCGCGACUCAGACUCCUUGGUGGGCGAGCUGGCGAACUCUUUCCUUCAAGGCUUCGACGACUCUCUCCGUUAG